CUGAUCGAUGACUUGGAGUAUCAAUUAGGAGAUUCAAAUCUCGAGUAUAUACGCGUUUCGGUCAAAAGGCGGCACGAAACUAGAGACUUUUGCUACAGCCGUCAUCAAGCAGCACAAUCACCAAUCACCGUGGUCUCCGAGUCUAGCCCCAACAUAUAACCCCAUUGCGAGCAUCGUUCGUGAGAACUAGGAGCCAUCGAAAGCUCGUAACACAAUUUGCCGUAUAUCAAUGAGGCCCUCAACACCACAGAGGUCUCUCAGGGCAAGGUCCAGGAUGGACUUGUCUAUGGAGAGACCAACGGACAUGUUGACCCCUCCGGUAGUUCCCAGGCGAGAGGCAAGCCUUGGCAGAGACGUAACAGUCAGGAAACCAGAAGCAAUGCACAAUGGGUGGUCUCCUGGGCAUCGGAGGACGUUGGCAGUGGACUUGGACUGGGGUAGUCCCCGCGCGGAACAAGGGAAGCGAUGGCCAUCAAUUGCAACGUGCCCCGGCGAGGCGGCAACCGGAGCCGGAUUCAAAAAUAGGUUUGCGAAUCAUUUUACGGCACUGAGAAGCCCGCGCUCGAUAGGCCCGGGCGUUUUGAGAGGCUUCGCAUCUUCAGUCGCCGACACCCGAGAUGAAGGUCACGAAGCAGAGAAGAGAGAGGCAUUUAGAAGAAACUCUCCCCGCGGCCAGGGAAGAAAGCCAUCCAGCCGUUGGAGUUGGACGAGUUGGUGGUCUUGAGAGGGCUCGCAGUUUGUAACUUGUUCGGCUUUGGUUCAGAUGGGUAAUAUACACAAACGCGCACACGCGCCUCGGGGAGUAUUAGAUUUAGAAGCACCCGAACUACGAUUCGCAUGGUGU